AUGUUUGCCGACGAGGUUGAUCUCUGGUAAGUCAUUAAGAGUCCCAAUGACUAGAGGUUCCUUCGAAACAACCCGCACCGACUGCAAGCGUGGCCAGAGAAAUUGCUUCUAGAUUUAAAUGUGCACAAGUGCGCCGCCCUUCAUCUGCGUGCAACCAACUGUCAUUCAAAUAAGAGCCUGAGGACAUAAAACUUGAACGACAUUACACUUUCCGCAGAAUCAUCGCAGAACGAUCUCGGUGUUUGGAUGAACAGCAACAUGUAACCAGCACUUCAGUGCAACAAGGCUGCAAAAAUCCCCAUUGGAGUGCAGCCUGCAAUCAAAAGGGCGUUCGAAACCCUUGACAAAGACAUUUUUUGAAGAGUUUACGGCACCCUCGUUCGGUCCCGUUUAGAAUAUGACAUACAGGAGUGACGGCAAUGGCUAUUGAAGGAUCAAGCAUGCCUCGAACCUGUGCAACAUCGGGAAACAAAGCAGGUGAAGGGUUUAAAAACCAAUUCUACAUAGGCAGACUGAAUUGCCUUAAUUUAUUCACUCUGUGCUACAGGCAGCAAAAGGUGAUCGUAUCCUGGUUUACGAGAUAAUACUGGGCCUUGAGCCUGGACUUAGUUUCGAUGAAAUUUUUAAGUGGCAUAUUUCGCCCAAUCUUGGUGGUCAAUCGAUGAAGCUACGACAAAAAUGUCAAGGCUGGAUCUUCGUUCUGAAUUUUUCACGCAACGGAUAGUGGAGAAAUGGAACGAUCCCCUCAAUCAGUCAUGGAGGCGACGUCCCAGCAACUCAUAAAGGUUUGGAUGAUUAUUUGUGUCCCCUGUAUUCUCUCGACAGUCUGAACUUGAGCCAACUACCCUGCGGUCAUGGGAAUUUUUGUUUGACACAAUGCUACUCAAAUGAAUUCAGCACUGUUUUAAGAAAGGCAAUUGAGUAUUCGUGUACAGUUGCAUCUUGCGAGCUGAUAUGUAAUCAUAGGACUGAGACUGGCAAGUCUCGGUUCUCCAUUUAUGAUUAUGCCUGGUAAAUAACCGUGUGAAUCCAGCGGCUUUCCGCUUUCAAAAUAAAGGACGAGACAUCAGAUCGGCUCGUCGCAAUGACUGUCCGAAAACAAAUGGGACAGUGGUAUCGUUCGGUCCCACGUAUGUUGUCAUCCAAUCAUACUCCUACUUUUUCGACAAUAACAUAAGCAUUUGCCUAAUAGGUAUUUAAAAUCCUUGUCCCACCGUUCAUAUGCUCCAAGAAUUAAGAGCCUAUCCCCUCAGCCGUUACUUUUCCAUUAUUCUAGGCACUAAUUACCGUCUUGUUUACGUUUUAUUGUUUGUUUCGAUUUCAUACCCUAUCCUCGCCCAAAAGAAAUGUCCCUUGCUAAGUUAACCAAGAAAAUAGCUCAACUAAGUUGUGUGUCUAUAGGUUAUGCGAGCAAUCGAUAUAUACUGCGGUGGAGGAGGAUUUACGCGGACGUACCGCUAAUCUUGGCGCCCACCCCAAUAACCUUGUUCACCAAUUCAUUAAUCCAGAUGUAAUAAAUUUACGGACAACUUCAGUAUAACAUUUGCCAACAUAUCCAACACCAUCGUCAUAAGCUGAACAGAGGAUAAUGGCGUGAUUAUACGGAAGACUCUUCCGUAAUUGGUGUUAUGUUUUUAUGUUUGUUUUUGAAUCCGCGAGACCUAAUUUGGUGUGCAUCGGUCAUUUAUGUUCUUUCGCGGCUCCCUGUGCUGUUCGAGUGUCUGAAGAUUUGGCCUAUUCUGCCUACGUUCAUUCCUCUCUUUUUCACGCCGUAAGACCCCUUGGUAGAUGUUGUACUUAUAAUGUUCUUUGCGUAAAUAUAGUUGGGCAUCAUUAAGUCCACAAAGCAGUGUAAUUCGCAUCUGGAGAUAUCUAACGAAGUUCAAUAAUGCUCUGUGCAGUUCACUUGUUGUCAGUCAGUAUUUUUACGAAGAAAAUACAAGUAUCGAACCUGCCGAGAAGUUCUACUACUCAAAAAUUAAGUGACAGGACCAUAGACAGAAGGGCCAAAAUCCGCCUCGAUGUGGAUUGGCACCUCCAUUUGGAGCCUACACCUGUCUCCCAGUACGGAUAUCAUUUGUAAUUAACGUGUUUUGCUAUUUGAAAAUAUUCAGCAGACAGUCUUGCGCAUUCAACCCCAAUACCUAACCAGAGAUUCAACUUCGGUCAGCCGUUUAUCUAGGCUUAGUCUGGAUGUGUAAAACACUCUUGAACUAGUUGUUCUACGUUCAUGGGAUUAAUCACAUUCUGAUCUCAUACUACCGUUCAUGGACCGUCAUCAAGGCCACAAAGAAACUUUUGCCUAUUUUAUUGCCCCCAACUACCUCACAGAGCAUACUUCCUUUACUCUAAGUCACUUUCCUAUGGAAUAACCAGAGCACCAUUUCCCACUCUUGUCUCAAUAUCCCGUCCACUGGAUAUGAAUCGGUGAGGAGUUUGAAGGACAGCCGAUCCGCCAUUAUAAACCCGUCGUUUUCAUGCGCCGGACAUUUUAAUAGACCGGGGGUUCUAUUGAGUCGAAGUCGCUCCGUGCUGAGUCCCUUCGGUCCUUCAAGAUAAAUCGGCUGAAUCAGGCAUGGCGUGGUUAUACAGGCCGUUUCUCUCGACUGUAUUAGAAGCUGGACAAGCCGCUCUGUGAAUCGUGCUCUAAAUUGAUGACUUCCUGACACCAUUUCGUCGAUCCCGGGCACUUAUUCCCCGCAGAUAACCAGCCCUAGUGUACCUGAUAUUUAGGGAAAGGCCGAAUCUAGUGUGGAAAUCAGCCUACGCUUCCGUCCUAGCUUUUGAGCCUUUGGAUGCCAAUAGAACGGUUGCCUACAUAAGCGCACGCGCUUUACUGAGGAUGAAGAAAUCAGUAGAGACUACUUUGUCAGUAUCCGACGGUUAAUCCUUGCCUAGAAGUUACAGCGUUGGACUUCGCUCCAUCGAAUCGCUGUUCGGCAUAUGCUACUUUAUCAAGGGUGCAAGUUUCUAUCGAUUCUGGUAAGAAAGAACUCUUCAGACUCAACCGUUAUAGUUUGGAAUUUUGCGUCUGGGAAUAAUAAUUUUUUGCUUAUCUAGACAGCACAUCCCUAUUCCGGACAAGUCGACAAUGGCUUCUAAUAAUAUUGUAAUCCACAUCUAUAUAUUGAUAGUGCGACGCCCAUUGAUCGGGUUACGGAACACGCACGUUCCGUCGUGCCAUGGGGCCCAACCUAGAGCCCGCAUUAGACUCGAGUCUGACGACGACACGGCGAACCGACGUCCAAAAUGUAUUCAAUAAAGUUUUCUCCUUUUCCUUAAGAACGUAUUUGCCUUCAAGUUAUAUUUCUUGUGAUGCCUGCUUUCCAAUACAUAUAUAUAGGCCGAAUGAUAUUACCGACAAAGAUAAGGGAGACCGCCAUGAGUAUGGGCCAUGUGCGAAAACAGUUAGCUGUUUGACCGCGCCCGACAAACCAUUUUGUGGUUGGCCAAAGCCUGCGCUAAUACACGCCAAUUGUAUCAUGUCAUCUCGUCGACAUUAGCUGCCCGCUCCCAUUUUUAUUUGAGAUGUUUGUGUGUGGCACCGAAUUCGAUAUGCCUGUUGAUUCAUGUCUCGUCUGAAUCCGUUGCCUCCAGGAAUUCAUGACGUUUCCUGGUUGGGCAGGCACAAACGAAAAUUUCUGCCCAGUGUCUAACGUGUGAGUGAUUAGCUGGGAUUGGUGGCUACUAACUAAUUUUCGGGUAAUCGGGUUGAGACAAGUUUCCUAGUUUUGCCACGAUACACGGCAGCACAACUGGUUUAGGGAAUUUUUCUACCGAAAUGGCUAACCCUGUCCCUAAAAUAGGAAUCUGUGUGCAUAAUGUAUUUAUUGGCUGGUGUGCUAUCAGUGUCUGAUGCUUUUAAGCUGUCUCAGACACGUUUCUUCCGUAUGGGAGUUCGUCAGGUGAUUAUUUUCGGCCCAUGGGCGGUUGGAGCGUUCAAACUGCUCUCUUAUUUUUACUGUUAGUAUUUCAUGCACUGACGCAAAAAGUCGAGAAGAUACCCAUUUUAAAGAAAAUAGUCCGAAAAGAUAUUUCUGUUCGGUUUAGUGGCAGUAAACAACCUCGUUUAUAAAAGACGAGACGGUCGCACUAAAAAUUUAGGAUGACUCUCGACUCAUUAAUUUUUCAAUUUUCAAGGACAUCUGAGAAUAUGAGUUGUCCACCAACCCCCGCAUCUAGAAUUAACUCAGUUCCUGGAGAUGUGGAGCUUAGACUUUUUUGAGCAGAUCUAACUGGUUUGUCUUGGUAAAAAAAAUGCAGCGAUAGUUUUGUGUUAAGUGUAGGAAGAGCCCUAGCUUCAGCUUCUGCAUUACAGCUUCUGUCAGAUAGCCGGAUUUGGGCCAACCCACACGAGCGCACUCUUUAAUCCUUUAGUUCCGUUUUACCAUAAAAUAGGCUCCCCUUCUUGUUACCCCCCCAUCCAUGCCUAUUUUUCGAGAAGUCAGUAGAUUUUACAAUAAAGUUUUGGAGUAUGUAAGCACCAGCUUUAUUUCAAGCCUGACUCUGGCUCCCGAGUUUUGAAUGUGCUACUGAAUCCUCAGUAUACUUUUUCUUUUAAUAGAUGCAUAGCAUUACCUAUUGGGUUAUCGCAAUCUUUUGCAUAAAUGUCGCCGUUUUGUCCCCUAAGCAUUUCACACAUUCCAAAGCGGCGUAUAUUUAAGUGUGUCCAGCCUUGCCAGUUGCUUAAACUGUUUUCGUAUUUUAUCGAUCGGUAUUACUGGUAAUUCAAUACUAAAUAUCCUCUCGCAGUAUCUUUAUUUUUGCUUAUUUCCAGAUUCUCUCGUCGAGGCUAUGGUGAUCAAGUUGACAUACUUUGCUUCCUGCGACCUACGGUCGUCUUUCCAAAAUAAGUCAUUAUUACCAGUCUUGAAGAUGUGGUUUCUAUCUUUAUCAGCUUAUAUCACGUUUAGGAUGUCAGUCACAGGUUUUAAUGCUGAAGACUUUCGAAUCAGCAAUGGCAAGCACAAUGUCCUAUCCUGCUACGGGGAACUGAAAAUAGCAUAUUGCAUAACGCAAACAAUACCGUGUCUUGACUCACACCGGGUCGGCGCCUGGGGUGAGACUCAUAGCAGCAGGGAUUGGCGAAGGUAUUAUCCUCUUUUUUAAGUAACCAGCAGGGCAGUUUCAACGAAAGCAUAGAGCUUCCCCUCUCCUACAGUUCUCUUUACGACUAUAACGGAAUUUGUCUCGUCUUGUGCUCCACAUUCACCGACGUCAAUGGAGUACAUGAUCAGUACCUUGCUGGCGGAUAUCUCAGCUUAUACAAUUCGAAAAGGUGCGUGCUUCUGGUCUGUUGCGCGAAGUUUUUCCUUCUCAUUCUGUACAUAUGAAUGUGCUGUUUUCUUCCUCAGAGCCAAGUUCAGCUUGUAGUUUUUGCAUUUUGCCUCUUCUAAUAAUGGUAGGAUCUUUCGCAAUGGAAUUUAUGAGCUAGAACUGCGGUCUCUGCAGCACCAUAACCCGAGAUCCUUGGAUGAGGCUCUGGACGUGAUCAUUGCUGAGGAUUUCAAUGCUAAGCCAAAAGAACUCAAGGAACUUAACAGGCUACUAAAAGUAAGCUCCGUUGCACACCCGUUUUCUGUUGUCCUGCGCUCGUUUUCUGUACUCCAUGCAAUGUUGAUCUACGUCAUAAAUCUGCAGUUCUGCCUUUCCUCCUCUAGCCACACACUCUUUGCGUGCGCGCAGUCGUAUUUGCCGGCUUAAUCUAGCAUGAUCUUACUCCAAAUUACAGACCAAUAGGAAGCAGAUGAGAGGUGAGCUGUUUGACACUCCUCUUGAUCGGCAUACCCUGCCUUUCGUGGAACGGACUAUUGAAGAACUAAAACGCAAGUCUGGUAAAAUUUUCCUGAGUCUCAAGUUCGAAUUCUCGCGCUCCUAUCCUCAUCUGUACCUUCCUGUGGUAUUUGAGCGGCCAGUACGUUUAAUUCAAUGUUAUUAUUCUUGUCUAUAUGAUUAUUCUUCAAGUAAUAAUAAUAAUAGCGUUUUUGUUUGAAUCUUAAGCUGUGACGUUAACUGUAGAAACUAGGGGAGUAGUAAUCAAAUGACGAAACAUUCCUAAUGAAUGAUGGAGGCAUAGGUCAGAAUAUGGAUUUUACAGCAUUCCGAGUAAUGACUAAGGGGACCUCCUUACUCGGCGGUACACUCCGGUCUCGAUUUUUCCUAACUUUCUUUUCUCAAUCAGCCGGUUUUCCCAUUUCAACCAUCACCUACUCAGAUAGGAUGUUUUAAUAAAAAAAAAACACGUACAGAAUGUGAUCUGCUAGAUAGAAGCCUCCACGACUAGUGAUACAGUCGAUAAUUCGCUUGUAUGUCUAUAUCGACGUAGGCGUUAGUUCUCCUGAAAUAACGCCUGGUUGCACAAAUAUUUCGUGUUCAAUGGUAUUUCCUUUGGUUUAUGCUGCAGUAAGUACCAGGGCUUGCAGUUACGGAAUUUCACCCUAAUCGCCAAGCAGUUGGUUCAGCGAACCCAAAGCUCGUAUCCUACGAUCCUUCUAAAUCGAAAUCACGCAGGGACUGCAGGCAACAGUCCGAUGUCAUAUAUCAUAAAAUCAAGGCAUGUCUCACCGAAAUAUGAAGCGCUGUAUCUCGUAUGUGGGAUCAAGUGUGAAAAAUGCUAGACAAAUUGCGUCUAACAGACUUGUCGAUGUCCACAGACACGCACAAGCGUGUACGCCAGGCUACCUGCUGUCUUUGGUGGCAGGACACAGCGAGACGAAGAAGCACACCACGAACCCUGGCACUGCUACACCCUUCGGCUGGGAGUGACCGCCUUCUCUGAGAAACAAUCUCUCUUGUUGCUUGCCUACAACGCUUUCCACAACAUGAAUCAGGCGAAAGAAACAACAGGACUGACAAGGCAAGCCUAUGUGAACGCCGUCGACGCAACAGGCUGUGUUUCAAAAUUCUCGAAGUCGGUCUUCUCUAUCUCAUUGCUGUCGCAGGGCCGGUCUUCAAACAAGCUAGAAUCUGUCAAGACCAGCUACCUGAUUCGGCAGUAGUUCGCUCGUCCCCCCCCCCACCGGUACUUCCGAAAAACUCCGCGUUGUCAAUAUGUCUCGUGUAUUUGCCUUAUGCAUCGUCACCAUUACUGUUUACUCCUCGCCAUGAUGGUAAGGAAUCGGAAGAGCAAAACUGUGGGGUCGGGAAGACUGUUAAGCCCCACAUAGCGACGAUCGCCAAAUGCGCUGCGAUUCCUCUCUAAGAUAGUGAUUGAACUGGUGGAGGAACACUCACCGAUCGUUCUUACGGAACUCACUCGUCCCGUUGUGCCUUAUCGACUCUCUCUCGAGCCCAACCAGCAGCCGCACUGUGGCGCAUGAUAUAGACAGAAUGUUUUUACUGACAAGGACAAGGCAGACUGCGAUUUCCAUUUCUGGCGAGCGCCUCUCUACCAUUGUACAUUACCAAUCGAAACCGACGGGACAACGAACCCGUGGCUAAGUGGUUGGAAGCGUUGGACUUCUAACUAACAGGUCGCGGGAUCGAGCCCCAGUUGUUCCACACUCCGGGGUUGGGUAUGGCUGGCUGACGACGGUUAAUAAACCAGAAAUGGUCAUUCCAGUCUCUCUUGUCUUUGUCGGUAACAACAUCCCGCCAGUGAUUAAACUGUUUUGUCGGUGGUAAUGAUUAACCUUAGGAGACCCUGUAUGCAUAUUAUCGUUCGAACUCAUUCCCCUCUCAGCGGUGCACCUUUAGAUACGGGUCUGUCAUUUGUCCUGUGAAUGUCCUUCGCUGUUUGAGCCCUUCUUGGCUGGCUUUGUCUAUACCACCUUUCGACCGUCGUUGCUGACGAUGUCCACCGUGUGCUUCAGAGCAAUGUGAAGCAGGGACGGUGGCUUGCGCGUGAUGUACUUUAUAGUGAAUGUGUACUUGCGCAGCAUCUACCACACUUUCUCCUGCUUCCCCAUCCGGACCUUGUGUCAAGACAGAGUCAAGAAGACCGGAGACGGGGAAGGACGCGGUCAAACUCGCACCUUGGCGCUCCACUCCACACCCCCUGGUCCACUCGGCAAAUGGCCGGGUCUUUAACCAACGACAACAAUGGGGGAGGCAGGGGUUCCAGUGUGCGCGACGACUGUCGGCAACCGGGUCUGCCACCGGACCCCGACAUGUUAGCAUUGGUUAUGGUGCGCAAAUCCGAUAACGCCUGCCAGAAUCCUAUAUGGCCGCCGUGUUUGUUCAGCGCAUCUACCACGUGGCCCGUUUGGGGGGCACACUGGCUUUGUCUACUGUUUAUAUCAAGAACAUUUUCCAUCGCUACCACAAAGGUCUACGUUCCAGUUUUAUAGGAACGAUUUUAGUGGCAUCCCUCCGUAGUGGGGCGUCUGCGGUGGAGUGAGAGGCUUCUGUCAAGAUCCCAGGCACUGGGUUUUAUGUGAAAUUUCACAUUUGGGCUUCACAGCCUUAAUCCCAUUCUUCGCGUCAUUUACGGGCAUGGGGUUCUCUGCUGCCGUGGAUUUUGUUUUUAAGGUGUCAGGUGGCUGUGUUUAUUGGGACGGUUAAUCUAACCCUUGUUGUUAAGCAUAGCGUAAAUUCUCUUUUUGAGUAAGGGCUUUCUUAUACUCUGACUUGAAAAACUGUCAGGUCUGUUAUCCAACGACAGUCAGUGUGUCCUUCUCUCAGUUAUUCGUUGGUGAGGUUUGCCCUUACAACCCAUUCUCAUUCUCACUUUUACCAGCUUUUGCACGAUAUUUUCAGCAUUACUUUUACGGACAGAUUUAAAGUAGAGCUUUAAAUUGACGAUGACGGCAACGAUGAUACUACUGUUGCUACUACUAGUACAAUACCGCUCACCAAUUAGUUGCAUUUGCCUUGUUCUGCUUCGCCCACGAGAUUUCACGGUUCAUUUUAGUCUCUUCGUCUAUUGUGAUUUCAUAUCUUUGUACCUCAUAGUUUUUAACGGUUUCGGUAGUUUUUUUUGCUUUUUCCUUCGACUUUUUCCAAAGUCUUUAGGCACAAGGAAGGCUGAACAGUGGCCGGAGAAAGCAAGUCUCCUCUACUCUUUAAUCCUACCUCAAUUUAGUGGAACCCAGUUGAUGAGAUGUACUUUAAAAUGACUCGGAAUGUUCGAACUGCGGAUAUGGACCGGGAGCGCAAACCAAACAAAGACACUCUUGAUAAACUGAAGGUUUUCCUCCUUUCCUAUCUACAAUUCUUGGAAGGCAAUCAUUAGCCGUCCUUCGGGUGAAAUACUGUCUGAACUGGAUGGGGAUCUCAUUUGGAAAUUCCGUUUUUAUCUUGCUAAAAAAUUUUCCGAAGUAAGUUGGGGAAUAUUUGCGAUCUACUUGCUUAAUUUAUUUGCUGUGUUUCUGACCUUGUCACUCUAUUUAACUCUACGUGCUGCUUUAUCCUAAUCUGUUAUUCUUUUAGUCAGCGCUGCCUAAGUUUCUGCUUUCCGUUCGGUGGGAGUACCCCGAACAAGUUACCCAAGCUAUCGAACUGCUCCACCAAUGGCCAGCUGUUGACCCGGAGAACAUUCUUGAACUUCUUACUAAACAGUUCCCCCAUAGUGUCUGCCGAAAGUUCGCUGUCAGUCGCCUUCAGUCUGCAACUUCUGAGGUAUUUUCUUCCUCUGUAAAUUUCAAGCAUGACCAUUCUUAGUUCUUUGGUGCUUAAAAAUGAGAUUAUCGACUGUGGAAUAUUCUAUGCACAUAGCAAUUCCCCCAAAAGUAUCAACACUUUUGAUGUUUGCCCUCUUGGCUAUUUCAUGCGCCUUCGCCCAUAUCUUCCUUUUCUAGGAUUUGCAGUUGUACCUUUACCAGUUGGUUCAAGCCCUGCGAUACGAAAAUAUUUCUGCGAUAUUGGCCGUCUCCCCAAUGACCGCGGAAACUGCGGUCGGCCACGUUGACACCUGCAGGACAGACGACGCCAUGGUCACCCCCGCUGAUCCUCCUACGGACACAUCACAGCCGGCAACAGGCACGCAGGAGCCGACUAAGCGGACCGAUGACCUACCCCGUGGACGUCCCCACAACGUAGCAGCAUCACUGUCCUUGACGGAUUUACCUUGGGAUGUUAGUCUUUUGCUUAAAUACCUGAAUAUUCUUGCAAGCCCUGAAAAUUGGACCGCCAGUCUUUUGGACCCACAGACAGCUAACUUCAAUGCAAGAAACUGAUUUUUCCUGUCUGGUCAUGCCAAAUCCGUAUGCGCAUAUGUUAGACAGGGAGCUCACAUCGAAUUGGCCACUACCCGAUUUCAUCCCCCAUAUGGCCUGACCUGGACAGGUCACCGAUGCUUGAAGGUGGAAGCGCGAGUGAGGAAAAUACAGCUCGGACCCAGCGCCCAGUUCCCUCAUCAUAAACAGUCAAGCGUGCUUUGAGGGUAUUGCGAUGCGCUCAAAGUCGUGGCAUUGAUGGUUGUCAAUUUGCGGGAUAGUUGAACCUAUUCGGGACUGAGAGCCGGGCUACUCUGGCUCUUUACUGUGGCCUUGACAGCGUUCUCGCUUUCCGAGACCUCGAAAAGUCCUGGCACCUGUGGGGUUAGAGACCAGUUCGUCUGUGGGACUUAUUGGCAGGCUGUUUAGCUUCGUCCGCCAGUGUGCGCAUGCCCAUCUCCGGCUGUUUUAACAUGUCAUCAAAACACUAGGUGUAGGCAGGGUGAAUGAGGUGCAGCGCAAGUUUGCUUUACCAUGGAUAAGUUCAUGGACAUGUUACCAACAGUUAGUCGUCUUGAAUCCGUUUUCAAUGAUUAUCCGCACAACCUCUCUUCCACCAUAUCACUAUGUUUCAGUCAACACGCACUAUUCCUAAUAUUUACUUCUGUGAGCCAAAAACGUCCGCAAUACAUCUGAAUCUAGCCGGACCCUUGCGGAACUUAAGUCCUGCAAGUCAUCCUCAGAAUCAACACAGCGAUUUUGGUUGGUUGACAAAAUUAGUUAAAAUUUGUCUUUUUGAAAUCGGUAUUUAGUCUCUGUGACUAUGUGGAUAUUGCAUUGAAGACACAGUCACUUGUUAAGAUCAGUAAACCCACAGCUAGUUAAUUACAGUGUAUGUCUGACCUUUGUGGAAUUUAAUAUCUUGCAUAGCAUUUUUGGAACUGGUUUAGAUUCAUGCAGCUCAGUUAUCGAAAAAGCUCAUGAUAAAGUCGAAGGGUUUGUUUCAUGCCAACGAAAGUCCAGUUGUGUAAUUUUGGAUUACAUUGGUUAUUUGCCAAGCUAUUAAAGACCCUUCUCAUCUUACUUUCGGCGUAGGCCCGCCCUUCUGAUUUGUAAUUUACUCAUCACAAGUGCGAUUGCGCAGUCCCUACAUCCCUGUCACCACCUGUCGAUCUUUCCCGCGUAGAUGGACCUUGCAAGUUUCCUCAUUCAGCGGGCACUUCAAAAUUUUGAAACGGCCAGCUUCCUGUACUGGUUCUUGCAGCUAGAAGCCAAUGAGUCCACACCGUCUACCCCUGUGAUACGAAAAAUGUUUGAAGGUGUUCUCCAACGACUUCUUGCGGCCUUGAAGCACGUAAGACAGUUGUAAAUUCACUGAUAUUGAUCGCACUUAAACGUCUGGUGCUUCGCGCUUAAUCGCCAAAAUUCGAUACCUCAUGACAAGCUAAUUACGCCUAGUCGCUAGAACAUGCCUCUAAACCAGCCACUUUUAUCUGAAUACCCUUUGCGGUACUUCUGGCAAAGUUACCAACCUAUAACAUAAUUCUUCCUGUGACACCUGGUUAUAUUGUAUUUCCUAAACGCAAAGUCUUCUUUAAGCGUUAUUUAACUAAGUACACAAUUGUUUUUGCAAGUGAUGCCAUUUAAACAUAAUCGGGCCUUGCGCUAUCCCUGUAACGUGCACUUCCCUGUUGUCUGUUGCAUAGGAGCUACUAUUUCCCAAACGUUGAUAGUUAGCAUCCGGUUAGCAAAGGCAUUUAUUGUGAUUGUGGCUGCGAGGCAGUCCAUGGUCGGUAUAAAGUUUUUGGAUGACGGAUGAAUUUUGCGUCUUUAGUUGAGUUCAGUUUUAUUGAGGGAAAUGUAUGUUUUCACCUUUGAACUCCUUAAGACAAUACGGUUGGACAGCUUUUAUGUUCCUCAUGGUCUUCUUUACGAACAACUGCAAAAUAGCCAUUUAUCUAGUGUUUUAUUACUGGACACCGUCGCCACUGGAUCCCCAUUGCUACUUCAUGCUAAUCCCGUAAUACCUUGUUUGAGCUCAGUAUCUUGCGUUACAUUGUUGGAGUAAACUAGAAGUUAUGUAGAGGACUCAGUCAGGGCAGCGCAUAUCCGCUGUCUCGGAGUUUCUUUCCUGUCCCCUAAUAGAUAUUCGUCUCGGCAAAACUCCAUGGCAUUGUUUUUAUUUAUUUUUAAUCGCCGUUUUUAGAUCAUACGUAAAAUAUAUGCACUUUUUCUACCCCCUCCCCGGCCUGUCGCCCGCGUAACCUAUCACCUCAACGAAAUUCCAUGAAUUUUUAGGCCUCGCCAAUACAACGCAGGUGGUUUGAGGACAUAACGGCCCAGCAGGAAUUCCUAGAUAAUUUGAAUGCUCUCCUUAAGUCAGUUCAGGAAGACUCCUCCAAACGCACCCGAAAGGUAAGCGUUCAAAGUUUAUGCAUCUUUACCAGACAUACAGUCAGUGACCGAUCCCAUGAAAUUGGAUGUGAACUAUACCGCACAACGCAUGAGUAGAAUUACUAAACGGACAGACACGGUGCUAUUUAAAUGGACUUUUCAUGGUCCUAAAAACUCCUAUAAUUACAAACUUUAUAGGACCUGAUUUGCCGCCAAAUGAGCGCAACAAAGCACAUUUUUAACCACGUUCUCUUCGAAAUGUAUUUUUAUUUAUGGGAUCAUUGAAAAUUAAUGAAAAAAUCGUACUACUCAGGCAUUAUUUUUUUCCGAGUGCGGUUUUUGCGAGCGAUCGAAGAGAUGCAUUCAAAAGCCGGCAUCCCGAUGUGAUUAAGAUAGUUUGUAAUUAUACUGCCGAUCUUUAUUGCAACCUCACUUAAGUAACCCUUCCUAGUCAAAAAACGCAUUUCAGAAUUUCGGUCAACAUUUUAUAAGAUCAUCUACUAUACAUGUACCCCAUCUAGGUAUUGCCCACACUUUAAUCGCCCCAACUUUCAAGACCAAUUUUCUUAAGCUAUAUUGCAACUAACCGCUCUGGCAGGAUCCAUAUUCGUUGCGUUUAAAUGCUGUCCACUUCAUUCCUAACUGGUUCUAGCGGUUUUUUGCGUUUUUUACACCUGGUAACGUAUUUUCUCAUUUCCGGCUGGUAACUUGAACAGAUCGAAUUGUUGCGAGCGAGGCUAAAGACGAACAGUCGUUUCUCGAGUCUUUUCACACGCCCUGUUCCGCUUCCUCUGGAUCCGACGUUCAUCAUCGGGGGAAUAGACUCGGACUCCGCGACACUCUUCAAGGUAUGCCCUGUCGGCCUCAAAUGUGUUAUCACUGCCCUGACUGUACUGGUGGCAGAUAUUUCUUGACCAUCUUUAUCAAUGAGGGAUCUAUUCGGAUUAUUUUGUGAUUGCAUUGGAAGGCAUAUAUCCUGAAAAUGCGUAUAAUUGCCGUGGUCUCGUGCUAUAUUGUGUACAUGGAACUCCUGUUUGUGGACAAUCAGAAAUGCUGACAUUUUUCGCCUAAGUUAGCAUUUUAAACACUUGUUUAGAGCUUAUUUGGACUGUCUUUUUAAAAGUAGUAGUGUGCCAGGGUCCCUUAGUAAACUUCUUCUUAUACCUAAAGAGCACAAUGCAGCCCGCACUUCUGAGUCUUGUCUCUCGUGAUGGCGAUGUCUACAGAGUGAUCUUUAAAAUUGGUGAUGAUCUACGCCAGGAUCAACUCGUGCUCCAGAUGAUCCAGUUGAUGGAUGUGGUACGUCUUCAGUUUUUACUGUCAGAUUAUCGAAGGUAUUACUAGUCGUGCGCUAGUCUAUGCAUUAUAUUGGAAUUUCUGUCUGGUACUUGCACUUCUUACCGAAUGCAGUCUUUUUGCUGUAGGUCCUGCAAAAGGAAAAGUUCAAUUUACAACUGACCCCUUACAAAGUGUUGGCUGCCAGCUGUCGUCAUGGUCAGUACCAUCACUGCCAACCUCUCGAGAAGUUAAUCGCUCACUUUGGGAUGCCAUUCUCACUUACGUUUUCCUGAAAUGUUUUUGCUUCUCUGGCAGGUUUGAUAGAGUUUGUCGAGGCAAUUUCGCUGGCCAGUACGAGACAGGAAGGCUCCAUACUGAAUUAUCUACAACACUGCGCACCGAGUCCUACAGAUCCGCUUGGCGUGCAACCGAAAGUACUCGACACUUAUAUCCGCUCCUGCGGUAUGUGCAGUUUCACUUCACUUCUGACGCUAACAUGUUACAGCUAUUUGAAUGUCGGUGGGUGGGUAGUUAGCUGACGGCCAUUUGGCUUUUAAGUACAACCACGUCCUCCGGUCCAAAGACGAAGCGGGUUUCUUUUGUUGGUCCAGUUAGGGCCAUGCUAUGCGAGCUGACGACCAACUAUACGUAUGCGCUGAUUGCACAUAGAUUGGCCGCAUUCAAGCGGAUUACCGCAACCUCGCUCAUAAGGCUCCAUCACGAACCAAAUGUUUUGAUGAGCGAUGUACGCUGUAUGUGUUCGAAAGACCACCCGGCAUCUUCGCUGCCUACGCCUCAAGCUAUUUCAGAGGAACAAACAUGUCUUGGGGCCUUUUUCUUCCUUGCGCCCUACGUGGUCAGCUAACACUGUUCCCAUAUCUAUUAUUCCGUAUAUACCGUACUAGCCACCAGGCUGAUCUUGCAUUCAUUCACGCUAGUCUUGUAGAUUCCGUCGCUUAAUGAAGCCUGUCAGUGCGUUAAAAGUCAUCCCUCGGUGUCUUAUAUCCCCCUCUGUUUGACUGAGGCCAUGCUGGUUACUUUUUUUCCUUUCAAUUCACCAACUGCAAGAGUUUUCAUGCUUUAUGUCCUUACUCAUAGCACUUAACAUUGUCUCUCAGUCCUUGUCUUCUCAAUUAGCCUUAGACUUAGACAAACCUACAACUCUUAUUCGUUCAAUAGCCGGCUACUGCGUUAUAACCUAUCUGCUGGGUGUCGGCGACCGCCACAUGGAGAACAUAAUGCUGACUUCUGAAGGGCAGCUUUUUCAUAUUGACUUUGGUUUUAUCCUGGGCAACGAUCCCAAACCGAUGGCCCCAGAGGUACGCCUGACGAAAGCCAUGAUCGAGGCCAUGGGUGGCCAUCAAACGAAAUUAUUCAACGAGUUUUGGAAGAUUUGCUUGACAGCUUUUCUAAGCCUUCGACGGUAAGUCAUCUUGUCCUCACUAAUUGUCUGCCAUGCCGGCUUUCAGUACUUGGUUGUAGUUAGAUUACAAAAGCCUAGUUAUAGACCCUUCAAAAUGGUGCCCUUUUCGAUCGGAAUCGUUCAUAUGGCCGCCAACCAGGACAAGGAAAUAGGAACGCCCCGCCCACUUACUAUUCGUAGCCUUGCGCUAAAUCCCGGGAAGGUUAGAUAUUCUCGUGUCCGAACCCUAGCCCAUACCGCAACUCUAACCCCUAUUUUCCUGGAAUUUAGCGCAAAGUUCCCUGUAUUAUCGACGGUUCCUAUUCCCAUGUCAUGCCGGGGGAGGCAUAUAAGUAAUCCCCACCUUUAGUCGUAGUGAAAAUUCGAUUUUCAGGUGACAUAACAAAUGAACAGGAGGCGUUCACCGGUGAACGCCUUCUUUUCUGUUAAAAUUCCUAGCGUAUUUCUAUAUCGGUUUUAUACGUUGUCGAACUUUAUAGUGCGCCACUUGCGCGUUGACAGAAGCCGGCCAAUUCAACCAGGUGUCACAAACAUUUAAAAGUUUGGUGUUUAAACAGGACUGUGUUAGUUUCUUGCACUCAAUCUUCGUCGUUGUCGUACUAGUUCGGUUGGGGAUCAUAAUAAGGGUUAAGACACGAUCAUAGACCUGAAUAAAAACUUGAUGAUCAGCGCUGUAAAUAACGGAAUGAUAAGUCAACGUUGUGAUAAUCCUCAGUGUGGUUGAACACUUAUUUGUGGAGAUUUCUUCAGGAUUUAUGUCUAAACACAUUCUCCAUUUUAGACACGCAAAUCUAUUUCUUACAUUGUUCUCCCUGGUGCAUGAUACGGGAAUUCACGAUGUAGCACGAGAUCCCAGCAAGGCUUGUGAAUUCCUCAAAGAACGCUUUUGUAUCGACCAGACCGAUGAAAAAGCCGCCUUUCGUUUUGCAAGUCGGCUGACUGACUCAGUCAAGGCUUUUGUACCGGAAAUGAUGGAGAGAAUUCACUCAGUGGUUCAGGUUUGUUUACUGAGGAUUAUUCGGUCACCUCAAAUCCUUUAUCACUUAACUCAUUGCCUUUUGCUGUACCCUAGCAGAUAGUGUCUCAUAGGUUGGGUGCCUGCACCGCGUUCUCUUGUGCGAAUCCGCGUUCAUGUGUUUGUGUGCCCUCUAGUCCUUUCGGCAAAUGCCCGUCCACUAGUCAGGUUCUUAACCCAGUCAAAUGGAUUACCGCAGAGUUUCAGUGAGGAUUGAUAUGGGAACAGCGGUUACCACAAUACCCAAGUAGUCAACCAGUGCCUUGCCUUCUGACGUACCGAAAUAGGGACGGAUAACAGUUCAUCCAAUGAUAAUAGAAGGAUGAAAUGCAAUGAAAUAUAGACCAGAAGCAAAAUAGGUACCUACGCUUUGUGUGCAAUCAGUGAAGUCUUAGCCACUCGGCCGCCUGAACGUCUUAUGAGAAGUUUGCUUCAGCAGUGGUCUACAAUGUCGUCCAUAAUUUUGUCUACAAAAAUUUACCCUCAAACAAGAUUGCCUAAGGAUAAAUAAGUUGUCCUUGGUAGCCGUCUCAUUUGGGACUCUGAUGAAAAAUGAUCCGGUAACCGUUGUUCCUGUAAAGCAGCCCGAGCCAAUAAUUAUAUGACCAUUCUGUUUUUGCUUUUGAACAAAACGGCGCGAACUGCCGGUAUCCAAAAAGCGGGUCUCCUUGGCGUUCAUUUCAGGCAGGAUAUGGUUUCACCGAAGAGGGUCCCCUACUUUUCCGUACGUAUAGAAAUUACGAACAUACGUCGCCGAGCCGGUCUGCAUCUAUGAACCGAGAUUCCUAUAGUUCAACAGAGCAGUACAGCAUAAAUCGGCAAUCCAGUGGUGUACUGUCGGCGGCAUUCUUGAAUGCGCCGUGUUCUUGGGCAUGCCACCAAACGCCGCUUUUCGAAUUGUUCCGCAUUUUUUACACCUCAUAAUCGCACAUGUCGUUAGGUAAGUGCAUAGGUUAUACUCAUCGGUAAAUCACGGUGUCUGUUUUCAAAAAAUUUUAAGACAUACCCUGCAUUAAUUGGCUAUCUUCUGGUCCACCCAAAUGUACUUCCCUGCGACCGCGCCACAGUUUCGUCCGCAUUCCAUAUAAUGGACGAACAAUUCUAUCUGGCCAAUGGUCAGUUUCGUCGCUUUUGGCUCCUCCCCAUUCAUCGCAUAUGCGCUGUUGUCCAUCCCUAUUUCGGUGACCGUUGCUGCCGCGCCAGGCACUGCCAAAUGAUUGAGUGCAUGAGCUUGAUGGUUGAGGCUGCCGCCUUUGUCGAUGCGCGUUUAACGAUGCGAUACUCAAGUUGAUUAAGGUUAACGACCCGUACAGGAAUUUGGCGACAGGGCUAAGGCACACGCAAGCACAUUCGCGCACGCACAUGAAAUCUUGAUGCGUGCAACCGGCUUCUGGGAUCAGCGACGUACCCCAGAAGCCUACUCGUCCUGUUUAAUUCCAAACUUACCCAAAUCCCGCACCACAUGUUGGUUUCUCUUUUAUCUGAGUGUAUUUCAUCCGCAGCUCUACUAUCGAAAUUUCAUCAGUGUCAUUUGACGGUCUCACCUCUGCACGUUUAACACAUUUUCACCCUUUUUAGUACAUGCGGAACUAG